CGAAUAAAGAAUAUCAGAAUCAAGCCAUGUUGGUUCAAAUAGAAGAGUUCAGGCAUUCAGGCGCACUUUUAGAGGAUAACGAAGAUCGUAAUAACAUUAAAUCUCUGUUUCAAAACGAACCUAAACUAUGUGAGACGGAGCCCAUUAAUGAAACAUACGAGAAAUCAGCCAAAGAUAUCCAGGAAGAAUUAGAACAUUCUUCAAAUUUUGCUGAAGAUAACGACUUGAAUGGACAAAACAUUCUUGGAUAG